AUGUUCGGCCAAGGUCUCUUUAGUUGGUUUAGCACAUCGAAAACAGAGAGCUCGGAGAAUGCUCAACCCACAUGGGAUCCCAAUACUUUGACCAUGACUCAACCCCAGAGUCCAGCCGCCCCGACAACUGAAAAUGUUGUCGCCCAUCAACCCACACCCACGGAAGAUAUGCAAUUACAGCUGCGCGGUGGUGGUGGACCUGAUGACGAUUGCUGCUGCUGUUGCUGCUUCUGCGGCGAUUGCUGUGGUCCUGAUGGGCCUCCGGGUGGACCAGAUGGCCCCGGUGGAGGUCCUCCUGGUCCGGGAGGCCCUGGUGGUUGGUAA